AUGAAAGCUUUAGAAUUUGAACCUAAUAAUUUAGAAGUAAAACUUAAUUUGGCAAAUUGCUUUUAUUUAUUGGAAAACUAUGAGCUGGCUAUUUAAUAUUAUAAAUAAAUUAUUGCAUCUAGUUCUUAGAAUAUUGAUGAUAUUCAUUAUAAUUUAGGUAAUUGUUUUUAUAAAAAAGGGGAUGUUGAUUAAUCUAUUAUUCAUUAUAAAAAUGCUUUAGAAAUAAAAUAAUAGAAACCCGAUUGCUUAUAUAAUUUAGGAAAUGCUUAUUGUAUAAAAUAAAACUACGAGAAAGCUUAAAAGUGCUUUUAAAAAGCUAUAAAAUUUGAUCCUUAGAAUUCUUCAGCUAUUUAUAAUUUAGCAAAUACUUAUUAUGUGUUAGGAAAUAGUGAAUAAGCAGCAAAAUAAUUUGAAAUAGCUUUAAAAUUAGAAUAGAAUAAUGCUGACUGGUUUAAUUAUGUUGGAGGAUUAUAUUUUGAAUUAAAUGAUUUAGAAAAUUGUAAAAAACAUUUAGAAAAAUCUUUUUAAUUAAAUGAUAAAAAUUAUGAUACAGUAUAUAAAUUGGCACGUGUUAAUUUUUCUUUAAAAAAUUAUUAAACAGCCAUUUCUUAUUUAAAGGUAAUAUAUAUAUUAAAUUGUAAUAUCGAAAUUUUGUAAAAUUAAAAAUAAUAUUUUUUUUUUUAGCUUAUUAUUAAUUAUAUAUAUUUAAAAAAUAUAUAUAUAUAUAUUUUUUUUUGUAUAUUUAAUUUUCUUUUAUUAUUAAUUUUUCAUUUUUAUUAUUUUAGAUUAUAUAAAAUAUUUAUCCUUAAAAUAACGAAAUAACAAGUUUGUACUGCUAAUUAUAGCAAAUGUUAAAUGAUAAUUAAUGAUUUUUUUUUUUCAAAAUAAGAUAUAAAUAUUAUUUAUUUUAAAUUUGUCAUUAACUAUAUUUUUAAAAUAAUAUUAUAUGUUUGUAUUUUUUAUUAUUUUCAAUUCAUUUUUUUAAAAUUAUUUGGUAUGGUAUGCAUUUAAUUGUAUAAGAUUAAAAUUCAUGCAUUUAGAUAAUAUGGAAAUUAUUUAGAUAUUUGA